GUUUAGGUCAUACCAACCAUGUAAGAGAGCCAACUGUAGUCACAUUUCUCCAGGGAAAGAACAUUCGACAGAUUUCAGCAGGACGUUGCCACAGUGUAGCAUGGACAGCUCCUCCAGUACCACCAAGAGCACCAGGUGUAUCUGUGCCUCUGCAGCUGGGUUUGCCAGAUUCUAUUCCACCCCAGUACAGCUCUUUGAAGGAAACAAAUAUUGAAACAAUUAGGGCCAGGUUACGUUUGCUGUACCACUUCUCAGAUCUCAUGUACUCCUCAUGGAGGUUACUUAACCUGAGUCCAAACAAUCAGAACAGCACAUCUCACUAUAAUGCUGGAACAUGGGGAAUAGUCCAAGGACAGUUAAGACCAUUGCUGGCACCAAGAGUGUAUACUCUUCCUAUGGUGCGUUCCAUCGGAAAGACAAUGGUCCAAGGCAAAAAUUAUGGCCCCCAGAUUACGGUGAAAAGGAUUUCUACCAGAGGUCGCAAGUGUAAGCCCAUCUUUGUACAGAUUGCUAGGCAAGUAGUUAAACUCAAUGCAUCGGACUUGCGGUUACCUUCACGUGCCUGGAAGGUGAAACUUGUGGGUGAGGGUGCCGAUGAUGCUGGUGGAGUAUUUGAUGACACAAUCACAGAGAUUUGUCAGGAGCUUGAGAUGGGGAUAGUAGAUCUUCUCAUUCCUACUCCAAAUGUCACGGCUGAAGUAGGCUACAACAGAGACAGAUUCCUCCUGAACCCUUCAGCAUGUUCAGAUGAGCACCUAAUGCAGUUCAAAUUUUUAGGAAUUCUUAUGGGUGUUGCCAUUCGUACAAAGAAACCAUUGGAUCUCCACUUAGCACCAAUGGUAUGGAAGCAACUUUGCUGUAUUCCACUUUCUUUGGAAGAUCUUGAGGAGGUGGACUUGCUUUAUGUGCAAACACUUAACAGCAUUCUUCACAUCGAAGAAGGUGGGAUAACUGAAGAGAAUUUCCAUGAGGUUAGUGUUUCGUUAUAAUUGAUGAGCCUAGUU